AUGGCUCGCAAGACUCUAGAUGGAGUGUUUUACAGGAACGAUGAUGAGGCAUAUCAGGACGCCUGGAACAAACUGAAUCACAGCGUGUGCCACAGAGUUGCUGUGAAGGAGCUGCCACCAGUAACGCCUGCAGAUGCUAUUCGGGUACUUGAAUUUGAUUUCAAGGAUGCCAAUGAGGAAGGCAAGAGAGUAUCACAGGAUGACAUCCUCUUUAUAGACAAACUUAAACAAGGCAUCAGCACCACCUUAACUGCAGCAGGCGGCAAUAGAGACAUUUUGUUCUUCAGAAAAAUUUCAAGUAUGUUGAAAAUGCCAAGGACUAAUUACAAUAACACUGCCGGCCUGAAGUAUCAUACAACACAGGAAACAUUAUUAUAUGCCAGUCUGAGCAUGGGGUCCAGCUGCAUGUUCCUCUACAUCAACAGUGUCCUGCUGUUCACCUUUAGGAGUAAGUUGGUAUUUCGUGAAACCUCCCGCUACAUCCUGCUGUAUAAUCUGCUUUUUGCAGACACUGUUUAUCUGAUAUCAAGCUCGCUGCUUUACCUGUUGGCUGCUUUUCGGAUAAAACUGACAUUUUACAUGUGCAGUGUUGUAAUAUUACCCCCAGUGCUCGUGUACUCAAUCUCUCCUCUAACCCUAACGGUGAUGUCACUGGAGAGAUUCGUGGCCAUAUGCUAUCCACUGAGACACGCUGUCAUCAUCACCGUCAGAAGCACAGGUGUGGCAAUCACUCUGGUGUGGGUCACCAGUUCCCUCAGCAUCAUCAUUCGUGUUUUAAUGCUAUUAUGUUCAAACACUGAGUUCUCAUUCAACCUGCAAAUGAAGGACUUCUGCUCCAAGGAGACUGUGUUUCUUGUACCAGUGUCUCAUCAUUUUGACACAGCAUUUUCUGGCAUUGUCCUCCUGUCUGCAGGUGUCACAAUCAUCUGUUCCUAUAUUGGUGUGACACUUGUUGCCAGGUCUGCUUCAACAAACAAAGCCUCAGCCAGAAAGGCCAGCCAAACCCUUUUGCUCCACCUGUUUCAGCUGGGCCUGAUUCUCAUCUCCACUUUUCAAUCCAACAUCAUCACAGCCGCUGCUACAAUCAUGAAGAGAUCACAUGUUUUACGGCUUUACAGCCUUUCCUUCAUUUUCCUCACCAUCCUCCCCAGGUGUUUGAGUACUUUCAUCUAUGGCCUCAGAGACCAAACCAUCAGGCCACUCCUCAUACAGCAUCUAUGCUGUCAGUGGAGAUGCUCAGCUUUCCUGAACAAAGCAAAUGCUGGUGAAUGA